AUGCCCAAAACCAACAACGACAACGGUCAGGAUCGACGAAGUCGUCGUGAUGAUCCCUUAGGUCGAGCUCCUGAGCACGCUGGUGCGAGGGAGGACUCUCCUCGACAAGGAAUUGAGAGGUUGAACGUGGCGCAACGCGUCAGUCGACCCUCUCAGACACGGUCUUCGACCCCACGAGGAGGGCGUCCUGGUCAGCGAGGCCGCGGCGGUUAUCACACUCCUCAGCCUGAACCAGAGACUGCGUACCAGUACAGUGCAACGGCCUUGAUGACUCGUGUGUGUACCGCGGACGGAGUGCCCGCUACCAAGCUUACUCCUACGGGACUUGGUGGUGGCUUCGGCAACAAUUGGUACACGGGUACCGCCAACAAAGGUCUCUGGAUUCAUUCAGACUCUGGAGUUGGACUUGACAAGAUGGCCAAGAGGCUCAAAGAAGACAAUCCCGAAGCUACCGGCUUCGUUAUCACAAUGUCGACCAUCAUCCCCGGCAAGUUUGAGGCUAUCGAGCGUGACCAUACGCAGAAAGUAGUCAUGAACAACGACUUCCGGGACAAGGACAACAAGCCAGUCGACCUUUUCGGCAGAGAUAUCCAGGCGCCAAAUGAGAAGGCCCCAAGUGAGAAGAAGCCAGUUGUCGAAGGAGGGUGCAAGGUGUGCGGUACCAAGUCCCACGCCUUGACUGACUGUGUCGUGAGAGGCUACAAGGGACAUGUGAACGGCUGUCCCAUCUGUGACGACCAGAGACAUGCCGUGGACUCUUGUGAGGAGUUCAAGGCAAUGAGCUUACAAGAGAAGGUCAAGCUCCUCGUUCAACAGCGAGCUAACAGGCCUCCUCUCAAUACUUCAAAGCCCUGGCACACAUACCUGUACGAGUUCUGUACCCCCCAGGAAUUCAUUCCAGGUGUUGUCAAGGGAUUCCCUUGGUCCAAAUCAUUCUGCACGAAGAAGACGUCUCAGGAGAUGCAGAAGAUCCAGCGAGAAAUCGACGCCGACCCCGAGAAGUACGUGUUUGACGUUGACGCGAAGACCGCGAGUUUCGAGAAAGUCUUCGAGACUUACUGGCAGCCAGUUGGUAUGGCUUGGCCCGCGAUGCUCGGCCCUCGCAUCAAAUCUGAGGACGUUGGCAGACGGGUCAUCAAGACUGAGCCGGAGGCCUGA